AUGUUCCGCAGCAAGCGAAGUUCACUCGUGAAGCGCUUGUGGAAAUACAGAGUAAAUGAUGAAACCAAGAGUUCGUCUCAAAGAGACACAUCGACCGCACCACUGCAGCCAGACAGCACCACAUCAUUUCACGAAGAUAUCGAGUUCAAAUCUGUCACUAAUUCAUUUUUGAAAAGACUAAAGGAGGACCAGCUGGAAGCUCUAGUCCAAGCGAUGGAGUCUAGGGGAGGUGAGGUGACGCCUUGUGUGCCUGUUGCCAAAUCAUUUUUACGAAUUGGGAGACUGAUGGUGUCUCCAUAUGUCCUAUGCUGCAGAGUCUUUCGUUGGCCAGAUUUGAAAUCAGAUGCGGACAUGAAACGGUUGCCUUCCUGCAUGCGGCAAAAUGAGGAUAAGGAGGCGGUGAUAUGCUGCAACCCUUACCACUGGAGCUUGGUUGUAAAGAUUGAUGAACCUCCAGUACAUCCACAGAGAAAUGAAUUAGGUGAUAAACAUGAGGAUGGAUACCCCAAGAUUUUAGAGCCAACAGAUACAGGACACAGUUUAUGUGGGCAUCAAGAGGAUCUGUCUGGAUAUGGCACAGAGUAUGACUGCAGGCUGUGGUGUACUGUCGCCUACUGGGAGCUGAAGGAACGUGUGGGUCGUCUCUUCACUGUAACAGACCCCAGUGUUCACAUCUUUCAGCAGUUACCUCAUGGAGACGGCAUGUGUCUGCGCCUCUUUCAGAAACCCACAAAUGUUGAAGUUGUGAAAAGAACCAGAGAGAAGAUAGGUUUUGGGAUUAUCUUGAGCAGAGAAGCUGCACAUAAAAGAGAUGCCAGCAUGGUAGCAACACAUGAUGCAGUGGAGGACAGCGCAGGUUUAUCUCCAGAGACUUCUGUGUCACCGCUGUCAUCUCAGUUGUGUUUGUCGUCCUCGCCAUUUCUCUCACCUCCCCAGGAAGAGCGGGGAGAUGCAGAGUGUGGUCUGAAAAGUCAUUCAGUUUUUUCAUCUACCUCAAAUUGUCAGAUGCCAGCGUUGCCUAGCGGGGUGCACGGGACAGAUGUGGAUUUAGUUCGGGGUGUAGUCAGUGAUAUUAUCGCUGAUUGUGAUGAGAAAGAUGUCAGCGGCCACCAUUAUGGUGACAGUACUGAACAGCCAUCUUGCCAUCAGCAUGGACAUCAACAGCACGGCACUUAUGAUUCUAUGCAUGAUAGUUAUUUAUAUACUGAAAGCAUGGAUUACACACAGGAUUUAGGCACCUCCCCUCCCUAUUUUCAACAGUCAAAUCAUCUAGGCAUUCAUCCGCAGUCCAGGUCGCCUUCCUGUCUGUCUUCAUCUUCAUUUUCAUCAUCACCCCCGUCAUCCCCACCCUUAUAUUUUAGCAGUGAUACCUCUUUCUAUGAUUUGCAUUAUUCAAGUGUGAACUAUGGGGGUUCGGUUGACACCAGCGACACUACACAUAUAAACAACAACAAAGCCAACAACAACAAUAACCAUCACCACCAUCACAGCAACAUCAGUGGUUGUAUAAAGCGGUUCAACACCGGGUCGUCCACAGAUAACAGCAAAUCUGGGAGAAACUUGACCUCGCCCAUCCUCGCUCCUUCGACAGUAACUCAAACCACCAAUGUUACAUCGUCCACAGUUCAGUCUUCAGGUCUGCCUGCCAACCAGGGUGAAGUGUGGGCAUACAAUGCCUCUGACUUCCCCAUAUUCGUCAACUCUCCAACUCUGGACGACCCCCAGUUUCCCCGAUCUCUGGUGGUGAAAAAGGUACCCCCUGGGUAUUCCAUUAAAGUCUACGACUAUGCCAGAGCAGAGCUUCUGGAGCGGACAGAUGCCCGCAGCGUUUUACUCAAGGAUGGUCCCUUUGACCCCUGCUGUGUGCGGAUCAGCCUGGCUAAGGGCUGGGGCCCCAGUUACUCAAGACAAUUCAUUACUUCUUGCCCUUGUUGGCUGGAGGUGUUGCUCGGAGCCCGGAAACACAGCUCAGCAUCUUGA